AUGUCUUAUGGAUCCUCAAAGGCAAUUGUCGUGCGAGACAACAAACCCACCGAAAAAUCAUCUAAAAUCAACAGACCCAUUCCUGUUUCCUUAGAUACCACCGCCAACCCCAAUCCCAAUCCGAAUCCCGAUAAACCGAGCCAAUCUGAUGCAGCGCAGCAGUUGGAGAUCAUAGACCUAUUGGUAGAGUUCGGCGUAGACUUGCGAACUCGUACUAAAAAUAGACAGACCAUCAUGCACGUGGCCGCACGCGUAGGCCAUUCGCAGAUGAUACGACACAUCGCCGCGCUGGUGCGACGGAUAGUCCCACCCCCGCCCAGGAAUAAAGUCAAACAGGCCAAGCGUGAAG